CAGCGAAUUCCGAAGAACUGUUGGCCGACGAAUUCGCAGCAGAAAGGCGCAAUUCCGUUGAAACUGAACCACAUUCCCGGGGAGAUCUACAAAUACGGGCUUCCCAGCAACGCACUCCGUCCCCGGUGCUGUAUGUCGAGGUUUCGUUGUGAUAUCCAACGUCUUCUCCCACGAACCCCAAGUCGCCUGUACACGUCGCCUUUUCCAGUGAUCUUGUCGCCGCACUCCCACUUGCACCUGCGACUCUCCUCCAACGCUGUUACUCGCAGACCUAACAAGAUGAGCACUAUCCCGGAAAUUGCCGCGAGUCCCUCUUUCCCAAAGGAGGAAGAGAAGAUUCUGCAAUUCUGGAACGACAUUGACGCUUUCCAAACGUCUCUGAAACUUGCGGAAGGCCGCCCACCAUUCUCUUUCUAUGACGGUCCACCGUUCGCCACCGGCCGUCCUCACUACGGACACUUGCUUGCGGGAACCAUCAAGGAUGUCGUCACUCGUUACGCUGCGAGCACCGGGCACUACGUAGAGCGCAGAUUUGGGUGGGACACGCACGGUCUGCCAGUGGAGCACGAGAUCGACAAAAAGCUCAACAUCAAGGGUCCUAACGAUGUCAUGGCGAUGGGCAUUGACAAGUACAACGCAGAAUGCCGUGCUAUUGUCAUGAAGUAUGCUGGGGAAUGGGAGACAACCGUAAACCGUAUGGGUCGCUGGAUCGACUUCAAGAACGACUACAAGACUAUGAACCUGCCCUUCAUGGAGUCUGUUUGGUGGGUCUUCAAGCAGCUGUUCGAUAAGGAGCAGGUUUACCGCGGUUUCAAGAUUAUGCCUUUCUCUACCGGAGUCCACACACCGCUUUCUAACAUGGAGGCAACACAGAACUACAAGGAUGUGACAGAUCCUGCAGUCGUCAUUUCAUUCCCGCUUGUCAGUGAUCCGUCCGUUGCCCUCCUCGCUUGGACGACAACACCUUGGACUCUCCCCAGUAACUUGGGUCUUACGGUGCAUCCUGAGUUCGAAUACGUCAAAAUCAAAGAUGGGGAGACGGGAGCUAUCUGGAUCUUGCUGGAAGGCUGCUUAGGCAUUCUGUACAAGGAUGUGAAGAAGGCGAAGUACACCAUCCUCGAAAAGAUCAAGGGAUCAGAUCUGAAGGGUCUGGAGUACGAGCCGGUCUUUGACUUCUUUAGCGACCGAAAGGGCAGAGCAUUCAAGGUCAUGGCCGACACCUAUGUCACCGCGGACAGCGGUACUGGUAUCGUCCAUUGCGCUCCUACUUUCGGUGAGGACGAUUACCGUGUGGCCGUUGCGAAUGACGUCGUCACUGGGGAAGGUGACUUGCCCAACCCAGUGGACGCGACCGGAUGCUUCACGAGCGAAAUCACGGACUAUGUCGGCGUCUACGUCAAAGACGCGGACAAGCAGAUCCAGAAGGACCUGAAGACGAAGGGCAGACUUAUCCGGCAGUCACAGAUCACGCACAGUUACCCCUUCUGCUGGCGUUCCGACACGCCCCUCAUCUACAAAGCUGUUCCAGGAUGGUUCGUGCGAGUAUCGAACAUCAACGACAAGCUUCUGGCGAACAAUAAAAAGACCUACUGGGUUCCUGAGACCAUCAAAGAAAAGAAAUUCCACAACUGGCUCGAGAACGCCCGCGAUUGGAACAUCUCCCGCAACCGUUACUGGGGAACACCCAUCCCUCUCUGGGUCAGCGAAGAUUACGAGGAAGUCGUCGCUAUUGGUUCCGUUGAGGAGCUCACGGCUUUGUCGGGUGUCCAAGGCAUCACUGAUCUCCACCGGGAUAAGAUUGACCACAUCACUAUCCCAUCGAAGAAGGGCAAAGGAGACCUGCGCAGAAUUCCCGAAGUUUUCGACUGUUGGUUCGAAAGUGGAAGCAUGCCCUACGCACAGCAGCACUACCCCUUCGAAAAUGAACAAAAGUUCAACGGCACCUUCCCAGCGGAUUUCAUUGCGGAGGGUAUCGACCAAACACGUGGUUGGUUCUACACGCUGAUGGUCCUCUCCACACAUCUUUUCGACACGCCACCGUUUAAGAACGUCGUUGUCAACGGUUUGAUUCUUGCCAGCGAUGGAAAGAAGAUGUCGAAGCGUCUGAAGAACUACCCUGACCCGAACGACGUCAUGCACACGUACGGAGCCGAUGUUCUCCGUCUGUACCUCAUCGGCUCCCCUGCCGUGCGGGCCGAAUCCCUGAGGUUCAGGGAGGAAGGAGUGAAGGAGCUGGUUGCAAAGGUGCUGUUGCCGUGGUACAACGCCUACCGGUUCUUCUUUGCCCAGCUCGCCUUGUUGAAGAAAGAGCACAACGUCGAUUUCCAGUACAACCCUGAGAUGGACUUGUCAGGCGAUCGCAAUGUCAUGGACAAGUGGAUCCUCGCCUCGACGCAGACGCUUAUCGACUUCGUCAGGGCGGAGAUGGCCGCUUACCGAUUGUACACGGUCACUCCUCGCCUUCUGAACCUGAUUGAUUCCUUGACGAACUGGUAUGUCCGCUUCAACCGCAAGCGUCUGAAGGGUGACAACGGGCCGGCGGAGGCUGUCACCGCCCUGAACGUGCUCUUCGAGGUGCUGUUCACUCUCUCGAAGUUGAUGGCUCCCUUCACACCGUUCAUUGUGGAAACGAUGUACCAAAACCUGAAGACGUGCAUGCCGGCUACAAAGGAGGACACGCGUAGUAUCCACUUCCUGCCCUUCCCUGAACCAAAAUCCGCAUACUUCAACGCCGACAUCGAGCGCGCCGUGGGCCGGAUGCAGACCGUCAUCGAAUCCGGGCGAUACAUCCGCGACCAGAAGACCCUGCCUCUGAAGACGCCUUUGCGCGAGCUUGUCAUCAUCCAUCCGGACGCGCAGUUCCACUCCGAUGUCAAGGCUCUCGAGGAUUACAUUGUCGAUGAACUGAACAUCCGCACCGUGACGGUAACAUCCGAAGAAGCAAAGUACGGCAUCAAGUACAAGCUUAUCCCCGACUGGAAGACAUUGGGCGGCAAGCUGAAAAAGGAUCUGCCGAAGGUGAAGACUGGGCUUGCCACUGUUUCUCAGGACGACAUCAAGAAAUACGUCUCCACGAACAAGCUUGUGGUCAACGGCAUUGAGCUUGGGGAAGGUGACUUGCAAGUCACCAGGUACUUCGAUGACGAGGGACAGAAGGGUAGCACCUACCACGCCCAUGGGAGCGGUGAUGUUCUGGUCAUCUUGGACACGGCAUUGGACCAGAGCCUCAUCAACGAGGGUUUGGCCCGGGAGGUUAUCAACCGUGUGCAACGGUCACGCAAGGAGGCCAAGCUGCAGCCCACCGAUGACAUCCUCUACUACAUCAAGAUCGUUUCGGAUCCCAACAACGAGCUGCAAACAGUCCUGCAAGAUCAGAAGGACUUCCUGCUCAAGAGCUUGAAGCAGGGCGUUGAGAACAUCGACGCAAAGAAAAGCGGUGCCGAUGUUGUCCUCGAGAUCGAGCAAGAGGUCUCCAACUCGAAGUUCGUGUUGACACUAGUACGAGCUUAGUUUCAUAUUGCAUCUUUACCUCGCACAUCAUCAUAGAAAGGCACGGUCCAACUACACAUUGUUAAGAUCCUUUUCGCACAUAUAACGACAGAUCACAUUCGUAGAUAGGACAUUGCAUCUAGACCAGGAAUCUGCUCUGUGUCAUCUUCUUAUCAUUAGACUGUGGCCGCAUGUUUGCUAUCGUUGGAAAUGCCCCUGAUGAGGACGCUGCAUGGGGAAAUUCACCGAUCAACGCAAGCAGGAGCUGUGGGGGC